AUGGUUUUAAGUGGCUCUACAUCGCCUAGAAACGCGUUCAUUGGGGACAAGCGUGAUUGGUUCAAGGUGAACGGUGUUUUGGAUAGGGAAGAAGAAUGUGAUCCAAGUGAUUUCGACGUUGAGGAUGAAAGUUUUGGGUUACCUUUGAAAAGUCGACAUCUAGACGGAAACUUCGAUGAUGUGUUACAUACCGCCGAUUCUAAAAAAGUGCGGUUCGCUGAAGGCAAAAACAGGAUGACCGUGGAACAGCUAUUGGAAAACACUAGUAACUUGAAUAUGUUCUUUGAAAAUAAUAUAGAAAAAAUUACGGACUUCAAAUCCGGUUUGGAUGUACAGGAAUGGUAUAGAAGUACAACGCCAGAUACUCCGACAGGCAUAAGUGCGAAAGCUACCGCGUCAGCGGGAUCUGCAUCUAAUUUCCAGCUCAGUGAAGCUGGGGAUAGAGACAAUUCUACUGCGGGUGGCUUGGAGUCCGAUCAAGAGAGUAAUGUUUUCGAUCGUCGGCUUUCAAAUCUGUUGGCAACGACCUCGGUUUCCGAUUAUAAGUUGAACAACGAAGAUAACAAUAACUCUCACAACGAGCUGAAUGGAUUACCCAAAUCUUUCCCCCUGGAAAAAAUAGAUGACCAAAGGGAUAGUACACUUCUUAUACAUUCGUUACUGAAAACAAAUUUAAACAAUAAUGAGGUGUUUGGUUUAGAAAUGACAUCCAGAGAAGCCUUACAAAUACUCGAUGAUUUCCUGCAACUCGCUCUCCUAUUGUCUUCUGAUAUGCGUAAGAAUGCUGAGAAUGGUAUGACAAAUCAUGAAGGCGAAGUUAAUGAUAAUAAUGAUGAUAAUGCUGAUGAUGAUGAUUCUGAUAAUAAUAAUAAUAAUAAUAAUAAUAAUAAUAAUAAUAAUAAAAAUAAAAAUAAUAGUAACAAUAAUAAUGCCAGUAGCGAUGGCGAUAAUAUUAACAAUGAUGAUAAUGACAAUACUAAUGAUGAGAAUAAUAAUCAAAAUAAUAAUGAUAACAAUAGAAAUAGUGAUAUCGGUGGCGACACUUCUAAUGACAAUGAUAAUUUGCAUAAUGAGCCCUCUGCGACCAAGUCAAAAACCGAAGAUGACAUAGAAAUGGAGAUAGAUCAUUGGUCUCAUGAGAACCUCGAAGAAACUUCCAAUAUUAGAGCAAUCUUUCAGAUGAAAUCAGCUCCUACUCUCUCCAUAUCCCAAUAUCUCGAUAGAAUCGAAUCCAAAUGUUCAUUCCCGCCAAUUAUCUAUUUGACAGCAUCCUUCUUGUUAGUUACCUAUUGCGACAUAAAGUUCGACACUGGAAGUGGAAAAUUUCAUCUAGAAAACCCGAUCACGGAAUCCAUGACGCAUCGUUUGCUCAUUGCAUUCAUCCGUUUGGCUGCCAAGUUACUUGAAGAUCAUGUACACUCCCAUUCGUACUUUAGUAAGGUGUGUGGUAUCUCUAAGAAACUUCUUUCUAAAUUGGAACUGAAUUUAGUUUUAAUUCUACAAGACACCCAAGACGGUCUUCUUAUCACUGAGCUUUCAAUAAAAACUGUACUCGCACUACAUGAGCAUAUAAACCUGAGCUGA